AGAUUUGAUUAAAAUAAUUUGAAAGUUUUCCUUUAAGCCUCUUCAGUGACUGCAGGACAGUAUUGUGUUACUGAUUAUGAAAGUACUGGUGAACUUUCACCUGUGUACAAAAAAAAAAAAAGAACAGGACAGCUCCUCCCUCACCGUCUAACUCCCACUUGUCCCACUUCUGCAUUUCGUACUGUUCAUAUCGCCACAUUUAAACAUCUAUAAGAAAAGGAAGUCAAAUAGUGUCCUGCUGCAAAAUCCAUAGCCUGUCAUUUAGAAAAAAUGAGCAGCCAAGUUCCUCUGGUCAAUGUGGAAAAGUGGAUCGCUGAAAACCAAGAUGCUUUUCUGCCACCAGUGUGCAACAAGCUGAUGCACUUUUCCCAGUUGCUCGUCAUGUUUGUUGGGGGUCCUAACACCAGGAAGGAUUAUCAUAUAGAGGAAGGGGAGGAGUUGUUUUUCCAGCUGAAGGGAGACAUGUGUCUGAAGGUGAUUGAAAAUGGCGUCCACAAGGACGUUCACAUCAAAGAAGGCGAGAUGUUUCUGCUCCCAGCUCGAAUCCCCCACUCUCCGCAGAGAAAGGCCAACACCGUUGGACUGGUGAUGGAGCGAAGGCGACUGCUGACUGAAACUGACUGCCUGAGGUACUACGUGGACAACACCACCGACAUCCUGUUCGAGAGAUGGUUCUACUGCGAGAAUCUGGGGACACAACUGGUUCCGAUUAUCAAAGAAUUCAUGGCAUCAAACCAGGCUAAGACGGGAAAACCGGAUCCAGAUGAAGUUUUCAGAGAGCCUCCGUUCCAGAUGAACACCAUGAAUGUGAUGACACCGUUUUCCUUCAAGGACUGGCUCAACAAACAGAGGCCGUCUUUGGCUAACGGCAGGCCCAUCAACAUCUUUGGAGUUCAGUUUGAGACAGAGGUAAUGGUGUUUGGACCUGGACUUACAGAGACCUCAGUCCAGCAAACUGAUUUGUGGAUUUGGCAAAUGGAGGGAUCUUCAGCAGUGACCAUGGCGGAGCAGACGUUCAGUUUGACUUCAGGAGAUAGUUUGCUCAUCCCCGAACAGAGCCAGUACAAGUGGCAGAGGAAUGAGGGGACUGUGGCCUUGGUCGUCGUGCAAAAUCCAGAGCGGAAGAGAACCUAAUUAUCAACUACACACCUUCAAAAUUCACUUAAAUAGAUAGAAGUAGUAAAGGUGUUAACUUUUUUUUAUUAAAACAUGUAUUUUUAUUAAUGACAUUGACAUGAAACUUACACCAGAGGUCAGUAGCAAACCAAAAAAUCCACACACAAAAAUGAGACCAAAACAAAUCAUUUUCAACUCUGAUGAUACAGGGAGAAAGUAAUAACACACUUACUGAAUUUUAUCAGCUUUUUUCUUUCUGGGUUUUAUCAUCAGCUCUUUAAUGAAGAACAUGCAGUUACAUUCCUCCUCAUACUUCCUUUAAUUAUCUGACGUUUCCUAGCACUUUAUGCUCAAAAACAACCUCACACCUUCUUGUUCUUUGGUGUUUUUGGAGUGAUAUUCACUCCAGAUCCUCCUGCAAACGUCUGUUCUGUUAAUAUUUCAUUGGCUUCCCAAAAUACUCUGUAGAAAACUUUAAAAGAUAUUUAUCAUGGGUUUUCUUUAUUAGUGGAGUUUUUCCCAGUGAGUUGUACAAUUGCAGUUGAGUGAAUAUUUCUUUGAAAUUAAGUUUAAAGAAAUACGUUUUGCAAUAAUGAGGUUGUGAAUUGAGCUUUUUGGUUUGACCCAUCAUGUUUGUUAGAGUAAUGAGAAAACGUUUCAUAGACGAUCACUGCAGAGUAAAUUAUUAUUAAAUUAGUAUUAGUCAGACCUGACUUUCUAUGUUGUCCAACACAUUUUCUAUGUAUUAUCUCACUUAAUUAUUCUUAAAUUAAUCCGUGGAUUUGUGUUGUUAAUGACAUCUGGGGUGAAUUUUGAACAAACAUCCUAUUAGAAGUAUGUUUACUAAGAAAAACAAUAACUUGUUCAAUGCGCUUUGUAUAAUGGUAAUAAAUAAUGCCAAUUUCAUUUAGUUUUAUUAUUUAGUGAAGUUAAGCAUAAUGAAAGAAGAACUUGAUUCUGAAACUGUUUUUAGGCUAACAGGAAUAAAAUGACAUGAGAU